ACUUGAGAGAUCGAUUCAAGGAGUUUUUGUUUUCAUUGUGGUGGUGGUGGUGGCGUGAUAUUGAGCGUGCUCGUUGGGUUAUCAUCGAUAGAAAGCCAAACCCCAUAACCUUUUCUUUCAUCGCUCCAUUUGUUAGAUUUUAGAAAAAGUGUGUUGGAAAAAGAAAUCAAUUGUAUCGUUACUAUGACUUGCUAUCACGCUCACCGGGAGUGGAUCUUUUCCAGUCGUCGGCCUUGUUUUGUUCCCUCUUGUAGUAACGGCCCAUUUGGGAUGCUUUCGAAAGCAGCAUGUUAUGGAUGCACUGGAAUAUUCACUGCUUUUAGGAAAAGUACCAAAGCAUCUUGUAGUUUUUUUGUGGCAAGGAAAGACCACUUGCGUCGUGGAUAUGCACCCAGAAGGGGAUGGAGACGUGGGUUGGACUAUGGAAACCAAUCGAUGGGUUGGAAAAUGAUUGCAGCUGUUAGUAUCAAAGAACAAACAGAGUCAUUUCAUCUCAUACGUGCAGGUUUAUUAAAGUUGGCAACCACGGAAGACGAUGCUUUGUUAAUAGAAGUAGCCAACGAGUUUAUUCGAGCAGACCCUGAAAAGAGAUAUUUGGUGGAAUUGGCAUUGGAAAGUAUUUUAAAAAGGAAACAGGAAACCACAGCUACGACAACCGGUGUAUCUCAUCAGAAUAGUCAUAAUGAACAUAAAGUGAUCCAAUUGGAAAAACGGAAAUGGAAGAAAGUAAAGGCAACGAGUUACAAAAAGUAUAAAAAAGUCAAAAGUAGAAAACGAAAUCGUUAUGAUUGGAAUUCGAUAUUUUCAUCUCAAUUGUGGGAAGACGAUGCAGUGGAAUGCCAAAAAGCAGUUUUUGAUAUAUUACAUAAUGUGAUGCAACGAUUAGAAAGCACAACAGGAUAUUUAUCAUUGCAUGAAUGGUGGAAGGAAUGGGAAUAUUUUGUCAAUGAGAGAAGAAAGAGAAUACAAAAGCAAGUUGUAGUUCCCACUGGUCAUCAUUUGGUGGAAAUAGAUCGUUCCUUACGUGAAAAGAGAGUUGUUCAAGUACUGGAAAGGAUUCAAGAAGAAGAAGAAGAAGUAACGAUCAAGGAAAUUGAAAUGGCAGCUAAUACGGUUGCUCGUUUAUUGGAUUAUCGCGACUCAUAUCGUAAUAAUAACGAAGCCAAUGGAAAGAAAGGAAAAGGAAUAAACUCUCGUCGCGUCGAUUCCUUGAAUACUUAUUUAUCAGAAAUUGGCCAAGUCAAUCGUCUAUCUUUAGUAGAAGAGAAAGUAAUAUGUGAAGAAAUUGCCAGAUUGACACGUUUAGAAGCAGUUCGAGAAGACUUGAGAAGAAAGAUGGGUCGUUUGCCUCGAGAAAAUGAAUGGGCAUGGGAAGCUAAUCUUUCCGUUUCUGAAUUGAGAGGAAAGUUAAUAAAAGGUCGUCGAGCAAAGAAUCGAAUGGUUGCUGCCAAUCUUCGUCUUGUGAUAUGUUUUGCUAAGCGAUAUAGGAAUAGAGGUGUUGCUUUUCAGGAUUUGGUUCAAGAAGGCAGCAUUGGGUUGAUUCGUGGAGUAGAAAAAUAUGAUGCUCAUAGAGGAUUUCGAUUUUCUACUUACGCUUCGUGGUGGAUAAGACAAGGAAUUCAUAAAGCACUUUUAGAAUGUUCGAGAAUGUUUCGGUUACCAGUGCAUGUGAAUGAAAUGAUUAAAGAUAUUCGUAAAUGUUCAUUAGAAUUGAUGACUAGUCUUGGAAGAGAACCCACCAAGUUGGAGAUUGCUAUGAAAGUGGGUAUGCCAGAAGAGAAAGUGAUAUUUUUAUUACAACGGACACAAUCAGCUUUGAGUUUAGAAAUGCCAAUAGGUCAUGAUAUGGAAUGUCGUACUACUUUGGCAGAUGUUGUUCAUUCCACAGGAGAAACUCCAGAAGAGAAUGCUGUUUGUAGUUCGUUAAGAUAUGAUUUGGAAAGAGCUUUGACUGUUUUGAAUCUUCGUGAAAGAGAAAUCAUCCGUAUGCGUUUUGGUUUAGAUGAUGGAAGAACAAAAAGCUUAGGUGAAGUUGGUCAUUUAUUUUGUGUUACUCGUGAAAGAGUUCGACAGAUUGAAACUCAGGCUUUAAGGAAACUAAGAGACCCAAGUUGUAAUAUUUUCUUAAAAGAGUAUAUAGAAUUGAUCAGCGAUGAACGUCCAGGGAUAAGGAAGCCUAUGGCUGUGGUAGAAUAGGAUCUCACAAGAACAGUUAGGAACCAGGAAUCAUUUCUAAUACUUUAAUGGUUCCUUGACUGUUGGCAACCACAAUCAGUUGAGGUCUUUUAGGACACCAACAAACAGAACUGACAAAAUGUGUAGUAUCUCCUCUAGUCUCUUCACCAGUUAGUGGAUUCUCACUAUUCAUUCUAAUAAAGUUGUUAUGCCAAUC